UGUAGGAGUGUUUUAAGAUUACAUUAGUUUAACAGGAUGGUACCUCUUCUAAUAGUGGUACUGGCAGUAGCCGGUGUGUCGGGAGAGUUCACAGAUCCUCAUUGUGAUGGUAAACAGGUCAUAGUUCAUCUGUUUGAAUGGAAGUGGACAGACAUAGCACAAGAAUGUGAAAGAUUCCUGGGACCCAAAGGCUACUGUGGUGUUCAGGUAUCACCGGCCAAUGAACAUGUUAUGGUGACUAAAGAAUAUCCCCGCCCCUGGUGGGAGAGAUAUCAACCAGUCAGUUAUAAACUGACCAGCAGAAGUGGAAACGAGGAUCAGUUUAAGGACAUGGUACAAAGAUGUAAAAAGGUUGGGGUCAGGGUAUUUGUCGAUGUUGUUGUUAAUCACAUGGCUGGUCUGGGCAGAAAAGGGCAAGGAACAGCUGGCAGUAAUUAUGAUUCCGAUGCAUUAAGCUUCCCCGGAGUGCCAUUCGGUAGAGACAAUUUCAAUGAUAAGAGCAAAUGUCCAUCCGGAGACGGAAUGGUGAACAACUACGGCGACCCGAACAACGUCCGUAAUUGUUAUCUUGUCGGUUUGACUGAUCUGGAUCAGAGCCAGGAAUAUGUCCGAGAUAAAAUUGCUGGAUUCUUCAACCAUAUGAUCGAUAUAGGCGUUGCUGGUUUCAGAGUGGACGCAGCAAAACAUAUGUGGCCAGGGGAUAUUGGGGCAAUCCAGGGUAAACUAAAGAAUGUGGACGGCGGUGGUAAGCCGUUUUUCUACCAUGAAGUCAUUGACCAGAACGAUGGUGCAAUCAAAGUCACAGAAUACGAGAGUCUGGGCUACGUCACAGAGUUCAGAUAUUGUCAGAAGAUAGCAUGGGGAAUCAAAAACUUCGGUCAGCUGGGUGGUGUAGUUGAUUACGGAUGGGGAAUGACCAAAUCAAGCAACGCCUUUGUCUUUGUCGAUAACCACGAUAACCAACGAGGUCACGGUGGUGGUGGCAAUCUUCUUACCCACAAACAGCCACGUGAUUAUAAAAUGGCCGUUGCGUUUACCCUAGCUUACAACUACGGCUUCACAAGAGUCAUGAGUAGCUACAGCUUCGACAGCACUGAUCAAGGGCCACCCCACAACAGUGACUUCUCCGCUAAAGAUGUCACGAUUAACCAGGACGGUAGCUGUGGUAACGGCUGGGUUUGCGAACACAGAUGGAACCCGAUUGGCAACAUGGUAGCCUUCAGGAACGCCGUUACUGGUACGGAUUUAAACAACUGGUAUAAUCAAGGCGAUGUCGUGGCUUUCGGUAGAGGCAAUAAGGGUUUCUUCGCCAUGGCUAAACAAGGACAUGCGCAGAUGCAGUUGAAAUCUGGUAUGCCUGCUGGAUCGUAUUGUGAUCUAAUAUCUGACUGUAAGAAGAAGAUUAACGUUGACGGGAAUGGGAUGGUCAGCGUUAAUAUUGAUAAUAACGACGAACCAAUCAUGGCCAUUAUAGUUGGGGGUCACAGUACCGGAGGGGGCGAUAAUGGUAACCAUGGUACCCAGUCACCAGGCGGAACACAGACUGAUUCACCAGUUGUAACCCAGACUGAUGCACCAGUUACCAUGCCACCCGUAGAUACGUCUGGAUUUCAACGAACCAUUAUCUUCCUGGAAAAACCAACAUCACCAGGACAAGAUGUGUUUAUCAGAGGUGGAAUAGAUCACACUCAUCUCACAGGUUGCACCCAGGAUGCCAGCACGAGUAAAUGUGCUAUACCAAUCAAACAUCAAGAUUUGGGCUCGAGUUCCUUCUUCUCUAAAUAUAACGCCUGGAGCGUGGGAGAUAAUUACCUCGACUUCUAUGGUGCUGAGGCAGGUCAGGGUUCAUCUGGGGGUCAAGCUGCCCAGGGGUCACCGUCUGUGUGGACAUCUAAUAAAGCAGGAGACGCUGGAUAUAAUUCUCUCAACAAAUGGGGUAUGCACUACUGGAUGCUGGAUAUAAUGAUGGAUUGUGGUCGAACAGAGAACGGUUGGUUUGAACUGAAGGGUGUUGUCAAUGGUAACUGGGAAGGCGAUAUCUUUGGUCAGAAAUGUACAGGUACCGGCGCUGCUGAUCCUGGAGUAGUCUCUAAUGAUCAUAUCGCUAGAUGUGGAUACAUGAACGUCUUCCAUUGGAGUCGGCCAGAAUGUGAAAUUGAUAACAUUCCAUAGAUCCGUGUCAUUUCAGUCAGCAAUAAAACAUUUGA